UAUGUCUCCUCUGUAAUAUUGCUUAAAGCUUUGGUCUUGUGAUAAGGGGGAACGUUAUGUAUACGAACAGAUUAAAAGCUGCUAUUUUAGCCGAUGAACGGACAUUUUUUUAUGAUUCGAAAGAACAAACAAAGGCUUAGCGUCAUUGAGGGAGAUCAUGCCCAUUGCUGUGAUCCUCGAUCAGGGAUGAGAGAUCAUGGCGUUCAAUUCGGCAGAAAGAGUAUAGGAUCGAGAGGGAGGGAUCAAGGGCAACGAUACUAGCGUGCAUUCACUCAAUGUGACUUGUAACGCACACGAACACGCGUAGAAAAAGACCAAC